AUGGGUAUAUUUGCUGGAUUUGGUAGCUGGAUUAGUCAGAACAAUGAACAGCCACGUAAGGCCGAGGCCAAUAGAUCUGAAAAUGUUGAAUCUAAGUCUGAGUCAGAAAUAGAUAAUGAUAAUAAUGAACAUGAUAAGAUGAAGAAAUAUUAUGACGAAGAUGAGAUGAAGAUACAAGAUCAACUUUGGAUAGAUGGAGAGAAGAAGCAUAGAUGGCAUGAUCACCCUCCAAAAGUGAAGGUGACAACAAAAAAGGGUCUUUGCCAUAUGAAGAUAGAAUUGACAUUGGGAUUUCAGCCUGAUAAAGUCUUCGGACUUAUUACUGAUCCAUCAUCUAAAGGAUCAUUUUUUCUCGACCCCCCUCUGGGAGGCAAAUCAAGAAAAGUUUUGAUGGAGGAUGGACCAAGGCAAAUCGCGAAGGUUGGGAAAACCGUUGAGUGGAAAUUCCUUGGGCGGUCUUUCGCUAUCCCCAUAAGUGUAAUUGUCGAUGAAAACAGAAAAGAACUUACAGCAAAAUAUAAGAAAAAGAGAAUGGUGUUGAUGAAAGUGUUCAAAGGUAGCUAUAAAGUGGAGCCACUAUACGUAGAUUCAGAACGCUUAUGCAAGAACAUAGAGCCAAAGAGUCCUGAAGAAUACAAAAGAUGUAGCUGCGGAAAAGGAAGGAUCGCAUCAAAGGUGACAAUAAACCAAUACUUUCAGCCAUAUCCUCCUUUUAACCUGCCGCCAUUAUCUUGGUACAUUUGUAGUGUCACAAUCAAGAACACCAAAACUGCGCUUAAAACACUUCAAACUUGGGGUAUAAGCAUUCGAAAUCCAGGUGUAACGACUUCAACCGACAAAGAUGGAAACGUAACAAGACAUGCCAAGAAAAAAGGAAACAACAACGUUGAAAACACUAGACUAAAUGAAUACUACUACAUGUCGUAACUUGUAAGUUGUAAAUUUAGUAUACUAUUCUAAAUGAAUAAAAUGCUCUUACUUGCUCUUUAUCUAUUAA